UCGGGGAUCACUCUCAGUCUCCAUCGAGCAGCGAUCACGGAAGCAUGGCGAGAUCAGAGCGCGGUUCGAGGCUCCUUAUCGGCAUCACUUGCUGGGUGCUGUUCUACGGUCUUAUCUGUCUGGCUCUGGCUGAUUCCGCUCAAAUCCCAGAACGAUCUGCGGCUCUGAUCGGAUCCACAGUACAGGCGGUGGAGAGACUCUUCAAUCAGGUGUUAUACUCCACCAUUGAGGAUGCACGCCAGAGACUUCCGCACCUGAAUGCCAGUGAAACCAUCGAUAGGCAGUACUUCGAGGAACUGGACUUGAUUGCGGGAAAUGAAGACUACUACAGCACUGCCUACUACAUCUUCGCCUGGAUCAACAGCGAUUUGAUGUCCCACAAAACUCCGGAUAAACUGCUCGUUGAAGUUCUGCCGGUCGAAAAGGUAGCCAUUCGGAACUUUUUCGGCAAGGUCAAGGUUCAUCUGACCAAAUAUCUGCGCCAAAGUCGUCAGGAGAGGCCACAAUUGGUUGCCAACAUCACACGAUGGUCCACCGAAACAGAGGACAGUCUGAUCAUGACCUACCUGGAGUUCCCGCAAAACCUCCAGGGCCAACUUCCUGAGAUCCAUCUGAUGGACUACACCAAGUUGGCCCAGGCUCUGAUGCAGGGCUUGUCCAGGGGGAUUUGGUCGAAUUUAUAGUAAAACUCUUAAGAUGCCAGCCUAAAUAUUUAAGAAAUCAACACAAUUAAUUUAAAACAAGUUGAUAAACAGAAUAAUUCACUAAGACAAUUCGAUUUCAAUUGCAAGACCUUUUUUGUACUCUCUUUAGUAAAAGAAUACUUUAAUAAUUCGUUUAUUUUUUAGUUUUUAAGUUACAUUUUUUUGGUUGUUUUUAGGUAAAUAAACAAAUACUUAAAGCAUAAAAAAACUAGCUAUUGAAUUCGUUUUCCAAGAUUUUUGGGUUUUACCCAUGCUAACAUGGAACCCACCUUCUGUCUCAUUACUUUUCGUUUGAUUUAGAACGCGUUAAACCACAAUUGAAACUGAACACAAUUAAUUAAGAUUAUUACUGCAAAUAUACAAUUAUUGUUCUCUUUAAUGGUUUUUUUGGUGCUUGGUUUUAUUUGUUUUACUCUUGUACUAUAAACUCUGAAUUAUCCUGCGGAGUUGUAAACUUGCGUAACAUGCGGAAUCUAUCACCUGUGUGAAAUAAAGAUAUAAACAUGACCUAAGCAAUAUACGCCUAUAUAAUUACGAAAUAUAUGAUUUCCUCCAAAA